CAGAGUGGAGUUAGUUGAGAGUGCCUUAUCUUCCUUCUGUUGCAAGUAGCGGUACUCAGGACAGGUGGAGCGGGGAGUGUUUGCGGAUAAUAGGGUUUUUUUAUAUUAGAGGUUAUUUCUUUAUUUUGUAUUUGUAAUUAUAUAAGAGUUAUAUUCCAAGCCAAGAAAUGGACUUAUUCUACGCAACAUUGAAUGCUUGUCUAUUGCUGCUGGUUGGGCUGGGGGUUAUACAGGUAGGGUUCAUAUAUGAAUCAAACAGGUGCAGCAUGACAUACAUGUUUGAAUAUCCAGAAUUUCAGAAAAUAAAGCUUCCAAAGAAAGUGUCCAGACUUUUCCCAGCAUAUGAGCUCUACCUGUACGGAGAAGGCGUGUAUGCCGAAGCAAACAAAAAUCUCACGUUAAGUGGAAUCCCGGUUUUGUUCCUCCCUGGAAACGCUGGAAGUUACAAACAAGCUCGCUCUAUUGGUUCUAUUGCUCUUCGAAAAGCAGAGAAUAUUGAGAAUGUAUAUCACUUUAAUGUAUUCACUGUCAAUUUCAAUGAGGAAUUAGUAGCACUUUAUGGAGGCAGUUUACGAAGACAGACCAAGUUUGUACAUGUUUGCAUUAAAGCAAUACUACAGAUUUAUAAGAACCAAAUAUUCUCUCCACAAAACGUUCUGAUUAUUGGACAUUCUAUGGGAGGCCUUGUUGCUAGAGCCUUACUUACGCUAAAGAAUUUUAACCCUGAACUUAUAAACCUCAUCAUUACACAAGCCACACCUCAUGUAUUACCAGUUUUGCCUGUAGAUAGCUAUCUCACAGAUUUUUAUGCCAUGGUUAACAACUACUGGAUCUUGAAUGCUCGUGAACUCCAAAAUAUAACUACCCUUUCUGUGGCUGGUGGGUUUAGGGAUUACCAGGUUCGUUCUGGAUUAGCCUUCCUGUCGGGCUCAGACCUUGAAAAAAGUGCCUUAUCUGUUGUGAGUUCAGCAGUUCCAUUGGCGUGGGCUUCAACAGACCAUCUUUCUAUAGUAUGGUGUAAAGAGUUAAUUUUAGCUACAACAAGAGCUUUGCUUGAUCUUAUCGAUGAAGAUACAAGACAGAUCACUAGCAAUGUAAAAAAAAAAAUGUCUGUUUUGAGACAUCACUUUGUAAAACAUCCAGGAAAAUCAUUUGAAUUCAAUUAUGAAACAACUUUCAGUGUGCAAGGCUUUGCCUUAAGGUCUUUAGCUGAAGGCUCAACAUGGCAACACAGAGUUAUAAAUGAAUCCAACCAAAAACUAUUUGAGUUUCCGCUUACAGAAAAAAGAAACUUGUAUAGCCAUUUCCACUGUUUGAGCACAUCCCUGUUAAGUAGCAGUUGGAUUUUUGGAUGCAAUAAGACUGUUUCGCCUGGCUGCAAUGAGAUUGAAGAUUUAUCAUGGAAAGCAGAGUUGUUGCCUGGAGCAAAGGUUGUUACAUUAAAACUCCAGGACCAUCCUAAUUUAUCACAUUUUAUACUGUUUAUUCCGAAGACAAACAACACUAAGUAUUCAUUGGCAUGUGAAUUCUUAAAUAUGGAGUCAAGAACUGUACAACAAGCGGUUCCACAUGUAUUAUCAUUUGGGUUGUCAUCAAGUAUUAUAAAGUUAAAUUCUACUGGACUUCUUCAUUUUGUGCAGCUUGAGGAAUUUAAUAGAAUAUACCAAGCAUAUGACAUUGUUGUUAAGAGGAACUGUACAGGAUCUUCUGAAAGAGAAUUCAGUAUUUACAGGUUUCAUGUGCCUUGGUCAUAUGAGGAUUUUUAUAGAAUAUCCAGUAAUAACAGUCCUUUAGUAAUGUCUGCCAAGCUCCAUACUGUGCAACCACAAAGUAAUCAUAAUGCAGCAGUGUUAAUACUCUACGCAACAGCGGGGUGCCCUCAUGAGGUGACAAUUUCUGCUUCAGUCUUGCAACAUAUUGGACAGAUUUUGCGAUUCUAUGGUCCUUGUCUUCCAGUGUAUAGCAUGUCGUAUUUACUCUUUGCCUAUAGGGUGCAACUGUAUAAUCUUCUUAGGACUGGACACUGUUUAGAGUUUUAUUCAGCAUUGGAUGAAGCAGUAAACCCGUUUAGCGUGUAUCCCUUUUUAUAUAUAUGCAGAUUUCUACUGAGAUAUGAAUGGUUUGAAUAUGUAUGGGAUGGAUUACUCCUGCCAGAACUGGAUGCCAUCCGGUUAGAGUCUAUGGGAUUAUCCUUUGUUCUGGAUCAUCUGAUUCUCUUCAUGCUUGGUACCUGUAUAGCAUACUGGAGUGGAAUAUUUUUUAAAUUCUCACUUAGAAUAUUAUCAUCACUCUGGAUGAAAUUGAAAAGACCCUUAGAAUCCUUUGAUGAAAGCAGAUUAAUAACAUGCAGGUUAUUUGCGAAUGCGAUAUUUUUUGCCAUAAUUGGUUGGUGGACAUGUGGAGCCUUUUCAAUUUUACUUGUUUUCCUCCGAUACUUGUUCAAGGUUGUGAAGUUAUAUUCUUUAGUAAGGGAAUCUUCAAGCCUCAAAAUAACAAAAGAUAAUGCUGAUAAUAAAGCAAAAUAUGUUCCUGCAAAUAAGAACCCUACUUUGACUGCAAAUUCUUCUGACUUAAGUACAUCAAAGCAUUUAACGGCUGGCAAGCUAAUUUCUAAUUUAAAAAUUGAUCCUACAGCGGACAACCUCGAAAUGCAUAUAACAGUUGUGAACUUACUUCUAUGGGUUACUCUGCUAACCAUGCCUUCCUUUUUUUACUGGUUACAUAAUCUCAGGUAUGCCAUACAACUGGAUCUUGACCCAUAUAGGUCACUGGCUGUAAUACUUGUUUUUACACUGGAAAUUCUGAUGAACUCAAGUACAUCCAUGAUAAGAUCCAGUUCAUGGUUGAAAACGGCAGCUCAAAUUCAACAUCCUUUUUCGUUUCUGAUUGUGGCCUUUGGAGCUUUACAUUUAUACAGAGCACCUUAUUUUAUUACCCUUUCUCUUUUUAUACAUGUACUGUGCUGUUUUAUAUAGCAAUAUACAUUAUAGGGUAAAAUGUGUAAAUAUGCAGCUCAUGGUUAACCUUAACUUUGUCUUGGAAUCUCCAGCGUUAAACAAGAACAAUAGAACAUAGUUAACUGUGAAGAAAUCUAAUUCAUUUUGAAUUUCUACAUGUAUACAACUAAAUAAUGUUAAGUAUUGUUCUCAAAUUUGGGACCUUACUGUAACAGAAAUGGCUUAUUUAAUGCCAUAAAACCCUUAUGGGUUAUUUUUACAUUA